GAUAUUAUCAUGAAAGAAGCAACGAUAGCUGAAAAGGACAGUAGGAGCACUGAAUAUAUAAAAUACACCAGCUUUCAAUUGGAGAUGUAUAUCCAUUACGUGUUUGAAAAGAAUUUGAAGAACGAUGCUGCAGCUAAGUUUGCGAACGUUAACACGCACACAACUCGUAAAUGGAAGACAGAAUACAUAGCUAACCCUGAUGCGGGUGUCCCUCCAAAAAAAAAAAAA